AUGUGUAUAGUUUCAGACAGACACAAGGGAAUCUUAAAUGCCACAACAGCUGUAUAUCUAGAAAUUCCACAUUGCUUCUGUAUAUUUCACUUGUGGGGAAACAUAUCAGAUCAAUUCGAGAAACAUAAGGACCAGUUGCAUGAUGUCUUCUGUGUUGUGGCUAAUGCUUGCACCAUUCAGAAAUUUGAAUACUUUAUGACGGAAAUAUCUAAAUUUGAUGAGAGGGUGCCUGGUUACUUGCAUGAAAUUGGGUACGAAAGGUGGUCCAUGUUACACUCAAAAGUGAAAAGAUCGAUGGUCAUGACUUCAAAUAUUGCGGAGUCGAUUAAUUCAUCAAACAAACAUGCUAGAGACAUGCCAAUAAUGCGUGUGAUGGAGUUCAUGACAAACUUGAUACAACAAUGGAACUACUAUAGUCGGAAAAAAGCAAUGAAAUCGUCCACCGCGCUUGGCAAAAAGUAUGACAAACUCAUUGGGGUUAAUCUGAUCGCAACACAGAAAAUGACGCCUUUUGAGAUUGAGAUAGUGAUGGUAAAGCCUGCUACAUGCAAGUUAUACACUGUAUUUGAAGGAGUAAAGCGAAACAUUGUAUGCCUUGAAGAUGGAAUAUGUAGUUGUGGGCGAUUCCAGAUGGAUGAAGUUCCAUGUCCACAUGCUUUGGCGGUUAUAAAGCUCAAUAAAUUAACGCCAGCCGAUUAUUGCUCAUUUUACUAUAGAAGGAAUCAUAUCCUUGCAACUUAUGAAACUCCAGUAUAUCCUAUUCCGAAUGAGAGUACAUGGGUGAUCCCGAGAGAGGUGCUAGAGAAUGUGGUCCUACCACCAAAAUGA